AAUUAUAAUAAUAGACUAUUAAUAUAAGUAGUCAGAUGCUAACUGCUAUGGCAAAUCAAGUCACAACUAUUAUCAUUUCAUCUUUUUCAGCUUUCAAUGCCCUUUGAGCUCUUGAGUUAUGAUCCGCAGACAUACGAGCCAGUCCGAACAGACUCUGGAAGAUGCAUACGAGCACAAAUAGGAGAGGCAGGGAUCCUGGUAGCUCCUCUGACAGCUAUGAACCAGUUCAUGGGCUACGCUGGGAACAAGGUCCAGUCUGAGAAGAAGCUGCUUAAGAAUGUGUUCAAAACUGGAGAUGUCUAUUUCAACACUGGAGACCUCCUGUUCCACGAUUACAGGGACUUUCUUUACUUCCGUGACCGCAUUGGAGACACCUUCAGGUACUUCACUACUAAAGUAUUAAUGUUACAGUAGGCAAGUUUGUUGCGAAUGAGAACACACAAUUGAAAUGUUUUGUUAGUGUUGAAUAGAAACCCUUCACCAAAGUUAUCUAAUGACCAAAAUCCACAGUCCAUGACCGUUUAACAACA